AUGUCAUUCCACUCAAAGAAAAGCAACAACAACAACAGCAACAACAACAGCAUCAUCACCAACUCGAGUUUCGGCAAUUUGAGAAAAGACAUCGACGUCCCUGGCCUGUUUGUUAAGUCGGACCCGGAAAAAAUUUUUACUAAUCUACAGGAAAUAGGGCAUGGAAGUUUUGGGGCUGUGUAUUACGCCUGUCAUGCAGAGACGAAGGAAAUUGUUGCAGUCAAGAAAAUGUCUUACAAAGGAAAACAGACUAAAGAGAAAUGGGAUGACAUAUGCAAGGAGGUAAAAUUUCUGCAGCUGGUCAAACAUCCUAACUGUAUAGAGUAUAAAUCCUGCUACCUACAUGAGCACACUGCCUGGCUGGUUAUGGAAUAUUGUCUGGGUUCUACAUCUGAUCUUCUUGAAGCCCACAAAAAACCUCUCCUUGAGGAUGAAAUUGGUUCCAUCUGUCUAUCGAGUCUUCGGGGUCUACACUACCUGCACAGUCUCGGCUACAUCCAUCGAGACAUCAAGGCAGGCAACAUACUACUCACCGAAUCAGGAUGCGUUAAAUUAGCCGACUUUGGUUCAGCUUCCAUAGCAAGUCCCGCCAACUCGUUUGUGGGCAGUCCCUACUGGAUGGCCCCGGAGGUCAUCCUCGCCAUGGAUGAAGGUCAGUACGAUACCAAGGUCGAUGUCUGGUCUCUCGGCAUCACCUGCAUUGAGUUAGGUGGGUAUUCUUUGUGUAUGUUUAUCCCGCCAACGACAACAACGACAUCAACCCCGGACGCAACCACGGCCAACAGCAAUCUACCAACACAACAACAAACGCCAACAACGAAACCAUCAUCUUCGAUUCUUCAAAUGGGGGGCAGCAAAUUCGGGGGCUUGGUGGGCCCCGCGGGAAAUUUCUCUACUAUUCGUCCGACAUCUGUCAUCACGAAGGAGCAGAAAGAUCACAAUGAGGAGAACAUGAUGCGUCAGCAGAUGUCAGGCUACAAGCAGAUGAGGAGGGCACACGCCAAACAGCUGCAACAGCUGGAGUACAAAUGCCAGUGCGAGAUGGACGAACUGAGGGCUCGCCUAGACAAGGAGAACGACACGAUGAUGAACAUGAUCAACAAUGAGGUGAAGUCUCUGGAGCAGAAGCAAGAAAGAGAAAGAGAAAGGCUGAUGAGGCAAUCAGCCUCUGACGAAUCUCGCAUCAAAAAGUUUCUGGAGCAGAGGAAGGACCAGGAGCUGAAGCAGUUCAAAAAGGAUUUGAUUAGCAAAUCCAAGGUUUUCCCGGGCACGCCGUCACGUGGUAAUACCGGAAGUAGCAGCAGCAAUGAAAAUGGCGGACUGACGCGACAGCAGCAGUUGGACGCUGAAGCCGACCUCGUUCGGAGACAACAAGCUGAUGUGGAGAAGGAGCUUCUGAAGCACAGAAAGAAAAAUUUAAUGGACAGAAAGAAUUGUGAUAGCAAGCUCCUUGAAGAACUACUGACGAUGAAGCAGACGCACUUCACGGCGACCACAAAAACCUGGCUGCACCACCACGAGCUCAUCAAACGACUUGAACUCAGUAACAAUGAGAAAAUUAAAAGACUCCAGUCAGAGCAGAUGGACAGGCAGCACGACAUGGAGCUUUCGAACCAGAGGGAUUACGCACAGAGAGCCCUCAAAGAAGUGAAGCAGAAGCACAUUGGCGAGCAGAAGAUGAUACCUAAAAAUUUGAAGACUCAAGCCCAGUUAAUCAAACGGAAAUUCCAAGAAAGUUUGAAAGAUCAGAACAGAUCGUACAAGAGUCAGAAGGAGAGUAUCCUGUCCAAAUUUGGGAGGGCUGACCAUAAGGAGGCUCUGGGUGAGUUUGGACGCCAGCCAAUCAGCUGAGGUGAACGAACUUCAGCAGAAACUGGACAGCGAGAUGAAGAGAUUGAAGGACUAUUUGAAGAAGAUAAAACAACAGAUGCAACUCCAACAGGAAAAGGAUACCAAAGAAUUAAAUCAGAAGAUCGCUCUUCGAUUUGUUUUGCUGGAGAAAAAAAUCGCGGAAGACAGGAUCCAGCUUGAGAAAGGGUGCCAAGAGUUGAGGCAGCAAAUGGAGAAUAAAUACGACCUUGAACUUCAAACCCUGACUGAAAAUUUCGGCAACUGUCACGUGAGAAGCGACAGCCAAGCACAGAGUAGCGACAGAGAAAGUGGGCGGAGCGACAAGGAUGGCGGGCAUGACAAUCUCGCUAGGAUACCCAAUAGCCAAAGUGUGGGCGUGUCUAUAAAUCAGUUCACCUCCAAUACGGCGUUGUGAUUGGUUGAUAAGGAUAGUAAUUGUUAAUAAUAAUAAUAACAACAACAAUAGUAAUAAUAAUAAUGAUGAUGAUGAUUGAUUGGUUAUUUUUUGGUUUAUAGAUAAUUUUUUUACUUUAAAUGCAGCGAUUAGUAUGUAUAUAAGUUUUUGUAUGUUUGUUUGUAUGUACGUUUGUGUAUCUGUAUCUGAGUAUGUAAGCGUGUGUGUGUGUGUAUGUAUGUAUGUAUCAUUGUGUAUGUGUUGUAUAUGAAAGUGUAUGCAUGCAUGUUUGAACCUUUUUAUGGAUGUAUGUAUGUAUAUGUUUGUAUCUAUACUAUAUAUCGCUGUGUACAUACAUACAUUUGUUAGUAUGUCCUCGUAUAUGUGUGUACAAUGGAUGAAUGGACGAAUGACUAGAUAGAUGGAUGGAUGGAUGGUUAGUUGGAUAUAUGGAGAUACACAUAUAGAUACAUGAAACCAACACUUUACUCUUCAGACGAAUGAUCAUUAAUUUUUGUGUCAAAUUUUU